AUGAGUAAAAAAAGUUUUAUGCAUGCUGUUAGAAAUACAUUUUUACAAAUUUCGACAUAUUCGAAUGUAGCUACAAAACAAACGCCUGCUGAAUAUUGCUUUGAAUUAGUUAGAAAACAUGAUUAUGAAAAUUUUCUGUGUACGUUAUCACUAUCAUCUAAAACUAGAGCAGCUGGAUUUGCCAUUCGUGCGUUUAAUGUGGAAGUGGCUCAAGUACAAGAUCAGAUACGUGACUAUAAAAUAGGAGAAAUGAGAAUUAAAUUUUGGACAGACGCGUUAAAUGAGACAUAUAGGGGAAAUCCUCCAAGAAGUCCUGUUAUGUUGGAAUUAUAUAGGAUUUUGCAGAAAUGUUCCCUUUCCAAACGUUAUUUUAAACGUCUAAUAGACAUUCGUUUAGAACGACUUAGAAAUUAUUUAUUUCUUGAUAUGAAUGAAGUAGAAAAAUAUGCAGAAUAUAGUACUUCUUCUAUUUAUUAUCUAAUGUUGGAAGCACACAACAUAACUGACAUUAAUGCAGAUCAUGCUGCAAGUCACAUGGGCAAAGCACAUGGAAUCAUUAACUUGAUUCGAUCAAUUCCCCAUAAUGCCAGAGAUAGAGUGAAUAUGUUACCGCAAGAUACUUUAAUGCGACAUAAUGUUUCCACAGAAGCUAUAUUUCAGGGCCAAAUGAACCAGGGUCUUCAAAAUGUGAUAUAUGACAUUACUUCCUGUGGAAAACUACAUUUAGAUGUGGCAAUAUCUCUUAAAAGUAAACUAGACAAAAAUGUGGAUUUAAUCUUUUUACCAAUAGUUUGUCUAGAGAGGUACAUAAAUGAAUUAAGAAAAGUAGACUUCAAUGUAUUUGAUACAAGAUUACAGAAGAGGGAUAGUUUACUACCUAUGCGUGUAUUGUGGAAAAAAUUAUUACACUGA